AUGGGAAAAUCUGGCAUCAAAUUCAAAAAACAGUCGGGUCUCUCCGAAAACGACUCUGCACAAGGCUCCUAUCUUGGAGGCCCUCAAUUUACAAAAGCACUUGGCCAGCACAUCUUGAAAAAUUCUCUUGUAGUCAACUCAAUAGUUGAAAAGGCCAAUAUCCAAUCGACCGACGUCGUAUUAGAAGUUGGCCCAGGUACAGGAAAUUUGACGAUGAAGCUCCUUUUUGAGGCCAAAAAGGCAUUGUGUUCGCAUUUAUUUAAGGAUCCAAGAUUGGCGUCUGAAUUGACCAAGAGAUGCAUGGUUACCCCGGAUGCUCAAAGGAAAUUGAACCUGAUUAUUGGAGAUGUCUUAAAGAUAGACCUGCCCUACUUUGACAUUUGCGUCAGCAACACUCCAUAUCAAAUAUCCUCUCCGUUGGUGUUCAAACUGCUUGCUCAUCGUCCGCUCUUCAGAUCAGCCUUGUUGAUGUUCCAACGAGAAUUUGCCCUUAGACUUGUAGCAAAGCCGGGCGAUCAAUUGUAUUGCAGGCUUUCUGUAAAUGUCCAGCUACUUGCAAGGGUGGAACACAUAAUGAAAGUUGGACGAAAUAAUUUUCGGCCUCCCCCCCAAGUGGAGUCCAGUGUGGUAAGAAUAGAGCCGAUCAGACCGCCACCCGAGAUCGACUUUGACGAAUGGGACGCCAUGAUACAGAUUUUGUUCUCCAGGAAGAACAAAACAAUUUCUGCGAGCUUUAAGACUGACACCGUUCUGAAAAAUCUUCUAAAAAAUUACCGGAAUAACCUGCAGCUUAUGAAUCUUUCCAACGAGCCCGAUUUUGAUGUUAAGUGUGCUCUUGAUCAAAUCAUCCAUGAAUUGGGGUUGGAGCAAGUCCGUGCAUCUAAAAUGGACAUAACAGCAUUUCUAAGGUAUGCAUGGAUACAAUUUAGAGGCUAUGAGACCAGUUAUAGUGUUAUGGGCUAUUCUUCUAGAUAUCAUAGGGUCAUCCAAGAAAUUUUCGAUCUCGGCGAUAUCAACGUUAAGGUUUAUUCGAUCGUUUACUUUGCAUAUAACAUCCUUGUAGUCCUAUCUGGAUUUUUAGCAGAUUCUGUUUCCGCAUAUUCGCAGCUGGUCCUAUCCCUUGCUAUUUUUACACGAAGCAAAUAUGUUUUUAAGUGCGAGUAUCACAGUGACCAUGUUUUUUUGGCCGCACUCGUUGUCGCCGGUAUGACCUAUUUGUGGAGGUUUGGAAUUCCUAGCUUUAUAGGAAAUUCGAUUAUCUUCUAA